CGUAGACGUCGGCUAGUAUGCACUGUUCUGGUACUAAUAGUAGUCAACUUCGAUCAAGAAAAUUUAUCCAGCACUGCAUCUGAGCACCACAACUGUGUCAUUUCUGGACAAGAAUUUAAGUUUUUGAAUUCUUGGAGUGAUGUAGCAAGCAAGCAAGUAACUACUGAUGGCAUCAUCCUCAUAGUAAGAGUCUCAAUUGAAAUUGAAACUCGGAUCAACUCUGUACUUUGUGGAUGUGAAGAGGCAGAGAACGGUUUGACUCAUCAAAGACAAUAGCAGGAAAUAAUCUCCAGCCAGGAGAAUACAGAAUCUUUUGAAAGAUUGAAAAGACAUUGAUAACCAUGUCUUCUGCGGAAGAUACAAAGCCCAAUGCAGGUGGCGAUGCCAAAGCAGUUAAACCUCAGACAACCUCUACGACAUCUUCAUCUGCUGCUGCUGCUGCUGCUAGUAAUCUCCCAAAGAGACCAAACUACUCUCUGAAAUUUACAUUAGCUGGCCAUACAAAAGCAGUAUCGUCUGUCAAAUUCAGCCCCAAUGGAGAGUGGCUUGCUAGCUCAUCGGCGGACAAACUUAUCAAGAUAUGGGGAGCAUACGAUGGGAAGUUUGAGAAGACGAUUAGCUCAGGACACAAACUAGGUAUAUCAGACGUUGGCUGGUCCAGCGAUUCAAGGCUUCUUGUCUCAGCAUCAGAUGAUAAGACACUCAAAAUCUGGGAUUUUAACACAGGCAAAUGUCUAAAAACAUUGAAGAGUCACAGUAAUUAUGUGUUCUGCUGUAACUUUAACCCACAAUCAAAUCUCAUCGUCUCAGGAUCGUUUGAUGAGAGUGUAAAGAUUUGGGAUGUGAAGACAGGAAAGUGCCUCAAGACGUUACCGGCUCACUCUGAUCCUGUAUCAGCUGUUGAUUUUAACAGGGAUGGCUCUCUGAUUGUAUCCAGUAGUUAUGAUGGUCUAUGUCGAAUUUGGGAUACAGCAUCAGGACAGUGUUUAAAAACACUGAUAGAUGAUGACAAUCCACCCGUCUCUUAUGUCAAGUUCUCACCGAAUGGAAAAUACAUCUUGGCUGCAACGUUAGAUAACACAUUGAAGCUGUGGGACUACAGUAAAGGAAAAUGUCUAAAGACAUACACUGGUCACAAGAAUGAGAAAUACUGCAUCUUUGCAAACUUCUCUGUCACUGGUGGAAAGUGGAUUGUAUCAGGAUCAGAGGAUAAUAUGGUGUAUAUAUGGAAUCUACAGACGAAAGAAAUUGUACAGAAACUUCAAGGGCAUACAGAUGUCGUCCUGUGCACGUCAUGCCAUCCAACAGAAAACUUGAUUGCAUCAGCAGCACUGGAGAACGACAAGACAAUAAAAAUCUGGAGAUCAGACUGCUAACGAUGGAGGGCAUUUUUAUUGUACAGUAUUCUUGUGUAAAUCUUGAACUUUGACCUUCCAUUGUCUGCUAUUUCCUGUUUGGAUUCCUCGGGAGUCGCCAAGCUUUGUAAAGGCACAAUUCUUAAGUUUACCCAGAAUUGGAGAUGAUCUGUCAACUCUUUCUUUGGAGAAAGAACAGAGCUGUUUUUACUCUUGAAGACAUCGUGGACUAAAACUGUGAAAAUUGUGGUAUUGAAGUGUAUGAAAGUUAAGAAUGAACCCUUGAUGGAAAAAAAAUACCAAGCUCACCGCCAAAUAAUUUUGGGUUUAUUAAUUAGUUGCAAAGCCUUUGUUUUUAAUUGCUGGACUGGAUGUGAAAGAAACUGGAAAUAAAUUUAGAAUUUUCUAUUCACAAUUCCCGUACUGCUACAGUAGAACUGAUCAAAUGAAUGUGCAGAGAUCAUGCAAUUUCAAUUUAUUGUUCAUUUGAGAGAAUCCAGUGCCUUUUAUUAAGGGUUUCAAUGUAUUUGAAUUCAUCUCUGAAAGGAAAGCCGUCAACCACAUAAUUUGCUCGCUCGAAGAGUGUCAGAAAUAGCUUUCUCAAGAUGUACAGUUGUACGUUUAAAUCUGCACAAGUCAAAUAAUCGCUUAAGUCAGAGCAACUCAGACCAGAUAAUACAAACAUGUGCUAUUCACCUCUUAGAAGUCACAUUUUCACAAUAGUCAGUUUUCCAUGGCCCCAGGAGAAAUGAUUAAAGCAGAAUCAUCUGUAUUUGUGUUUGUAUUAUUAAUUUGACAAAUUAGUAUUUAUCCUCAUGUAUCCAUGGGAAAUAUGGAUGCGUGGGCUAGAUGCUUGAAUAUGGUGCUUCUGACUUUUUAAUCAAUAUAACUUGCUAAGAACCAUGGUGUAAGCAUCAUUUUAAUAAUGGAAACAUGCAAAGUACAGUUACAUCUGCUUUAGCAACCA